AUGGUGUUACAAAUAAAAGUCAAAAGGCUUACCGAAUAUCAAAUUAAGCAACAUGAACAACAUGUCCUUAAAGAAUUGAUUGCUAUCAGUGACCAACCUAAACUACUUUUAGGUCCAUUAGAUAAGUUCCCUGAAGAAACUGUUCCUGUACCCGAUUAUGCAAAGAUUUUGCCAGAUGUAAAUGUUUCUAACAUCAAUCAUAAUGAAAAAAAGGAUAUAUUAGAGUACCCAAUGAUGAUGAAGGAUCCUUUAGGCGAAAAAAAAAUCGAUAAUAAUGGUUUACUAUUAAAUUCAAGGAAAUAUCUUUUUAAUACUUUUAAAUUCGAAGAAUAUUACCAUAAAACUACAUUCGUUUUAUUGGAUGAUCUCUUACAGAUCUUAAAAUAUGAUAAAUCCAAAUCUAAAUUUAAAUUGGAAUUCCCACAAUUACUUUUAUUAACACCUACUGAUGAAGAAUUACGCUUAAUCAGAGAAAAUCUACCAAUUAUAUCAAAUGAUAUUGGCGGUAAUAAUUUAAGGAAUUAUGAAUUUUUAACGGCUAGGUCUGCCUUUAUUCAAUUUGGAGCAUCUGUGAUAUUAUGCGGCUCACGUCUAAUCGAUGAUUAUUGGGAGCAGGCAGCAACUGCUGCCAACCUAACAAAUCAUCAUAGAGUUUUUAAAAUUUCAAAAAAAAUGAUUAAUUUAUUAUCCACUUUAAGACCAAUCAGAAGUAAAAAAAAUUCAUUGACCUUAAAAAAAUCAAAAUCUGAUAGUCUUGAAAACCCUUAUUCUUCAAUAGUAGAACAAGCUUCUGAACAAGUCAGAAAAGAAUAUCAGGAGGCAUUUACACGAGGUGAGCCUUUCUCUACAGUUGUUCCCGGCCAAUCUAUAACGGGAUCUUUAGAAAUCACUUCUCAAUUUAGAAUCCCAAAAUAUCAUAAUAAAAACUCAUUUCAACAAGCACAUUCUGCAAGAGCAAUGAAUAAACCCAUUGGGCUUCCAGAUCAACGUCUACCCUCUACACAACAACCUGAUACUAGCCUUAAUGAAAAUGAACAUGAAGGAACUGCAGAAACGCAACUAAGUACAAUAUCUACCGCUAUGAAUGAGUCACAAAUGGACCAAAUGUCCACUGCCUCUGCAUUUGAUCAAAUGGGUAAAGAAGGCUCUUCAAAUUCACUUUCAAUUCCAACACCUAUUCAAGCAAAGGCGAUGAAAAAUAUAUUAAGUGGUAAUAAUUCAUUUAAGGAUAUAGUAUUAGAUACUUCUAAUACUGAUACGCACAACUACGAGAGUUAUAAUAACGAUACUUCGAAUCCAGAUACUAAUAUACCGAUCAAUAAUAACAACAAUACUCAUACUAGUAAUAUUAAUAAUGAUGAUGACGAUGACGAGAAUGAUGAUAGCAAUGUAAAUACUGCUACCGUUACUCCAAGUCAUAUGGUUGAAAAUAAUGAUCCAAAUGUAACCAAUUCAAGCGUAGUAUCCCAAUUUCCUUCACAAUCUAUUGGUCUUCUUAGUAGUGCUACAACACCAUUAAAUCCGCUUGGGACAAUAACUUUAGUUUCACAUACAAACCAAUUUUCUUUAAAUAUCAAUGGUUGGAAGUUUGAUACACUACCGUUACAAUCACCUGAAAUAAAACGUUCUUCAUAUUCUUCAAAGGGUUUACCAUUUUAUAAUAGAAAUACAAUUGCACAUAGAUUAAAAAAAUUAACGCCACAUCAAAUUAAGGAAGUUGAACAUUUACAUGAUUCAGUUAUGUUAAAUACAGGAUUGCAACUAGCAAGAGACGUUAGAAAUAAUAGAUGGAUAAAAUAUUGGCAAUUCAAAUCUGGCGUCCCUGUUGGAUUACUUCAAAGUCAAGUUGAAGAAUUCAAAAGAGAUUAUUUUUCUGAGAUGUUAAAACAGACAAAAUCAGAAACAGUUUAUAAUCCAUUAACCAAUACAGAUGAAAUUACAAAGACUACUAGAAUACCUAAUGCAAAUUUUUUGAAUUAUUCCAACAUAAACGGAAAACGACCACCAUAUGUUUCCAAACCUACGAAUUUUCGGAAGUAA